UUCGGCGACCACGAGGCACGAGUUUAUUUUGUUUUCAAAUGCCUUCCUUAAUAACCUUUAUAAAAUAAAAAACAGGCCUUUUCAUUUUUCUAUAUUUCCUUAUAUUCGAAUCUGUAGGAGCAAUAAAUAAUUUAAUUUUAAGGAAAACUAUGUUCAUGUAUGUGCGGCGUCUCGUCAUGGAAGUCUUUCUUACUCAUUAUUUCUUAUAAUUAACUUAUAUUAUUUUUCCGGCGGAUUUAGAGUUUGGCAUAGCAUCUAGCUUUCUGGGAUUCCUGGUCUAUUUUUUAACAUUAUGGGAAAUCUCUGUGAUGUAUGAUAUGAUAAGGAGUGUCCUGAAACAUAUGAAUGGCAGGAUCAAUCCAAAUAAAGUGUGAUGAAUAUUAACAUCUCAAUGGAGGAGCUGAAGCUUUUAUAAUAAAUAUUAGCUUGAAAUUAGCUAAUGUGUGAAAUGGGAAGGACUUUGAGAAGAAGAAAAUGGCUGAAAGCCCAGCAAGCCUGCAUAAAUCAACACAAAAAGUCAUAUCAGCAACUUUUUAGCUGGUUAAGAUCAAAUGGAUUUACCAUGAUAACAAAACUAAAACCAGCACUUUUUAAAGAUACUGGGCGAGGAUUGAUGGCUUGUGAGUCUGUAAGUGCCGGUCAAGUGAUUGUUUCUCUUCCACGGAACUUGCUUAUUACUUCGGAGACAGUAAAAAGAAGCUAUCUUCUUCCACUUCUUCAAUUGUACAACAAGGAACUAACCCCUGAAGAAACCUUAUCAAUUUUUGUAAUGUGUGAAAAGGCCAGAGGACAAAAGUCACCAUGGCUACAGUACUUUGAUAUUAUUCCAGAGUUUUAUUCAACGCCAGCAUACUUUAGCCAAGAAGCUAUCAAAGAACUUCCAUACAGUCUUCAAGAAAACGUCCAGAUACAGAUAUGUUGCUUGCAGAGGUCUUACCAGAAAUUAAAAGGAUUGUUGUUACAGAUAGAAAAUUUCUUUCCAGAGGUGAAGGGCCAGCUGACUUUUAAAGAUUACAGAUGGGCAUGGUUCACUGUAAACACAAGGUGUGUGUAUCUGAGGGCUGCCUGCAAGGGUGAAAACGAAGGAAGCUUUGCCUUAGCUCCUUUUCUUGAUUUGCUAAAUCACUCCAGCCAUGUUCAGGUUAAGGCAGGUAUGAAUCAAGAAAAUAACUGCUAUGAGAUUGUGACUUUAACACCAUUUAGCAAGUACAGUCAAGUUUUUAUUAACUAUGGUAACCAUGACAACAGACGAUUGUUGUUAGAGUAUGGGUUUAUUCUCCCAUCAAAUCCAAAUGACAUAAUCCAGUUUUCUUCAGAGGAAAUCAAAUGUGCCUUUGAAAAAUAUGACCAACUCCAUGUUACUGAUGAAAAGUUGUCAUUUCUGAGGGAGAGGAAACUACUCAGUAUGGGCUGUUCUCAAGAAGGAAUGACAUGGAAUCUUGUGGCUGCCUUAAAACUUCUGAGUGUACGUAAACAUAGCAGGGAAUUCUGGAACAUGGUAGUGUAUGAAGAAGUUGAACUCUCUCAGCAAGAACAGAAGAAAGUUGCUGAGUGUGCCAGAUUUAUAUUAGUUAAUAAACUUAAAGAGUAUGAAAAAAAAGCCGUUCCAAAAAAAAAAAGUUAUGAAAACUUGAGAGAAAGUUUUCAUGUCAGACUAGCACAAGCCCUGUGUAGGGAGGAACAAAACAUUAUACUGAAAAUACUGAAGGAACUGGAGUGAAAAACUAAUAAGCCCAUUGAUGAGACUGUGUUUUUAAGAAGCAGCAGUAUACAGAAUAUAGGGGAUAAACUACCAAGUAUUUCUUCAGAAUAUAUAGAUGAGGAUAUUGUGACUUUUUAAAUAAGUAAUUAGUUCUGAUAUAAAUAUAUUUCAUAACCCGAAAUAAAACUAAUUAAAAAUUGACUACUGGUUCAUACAAUUUGUUUUUU